CGAAUACGUUGCAAUAUCCAUAAGAAGAAAAAUUGAUAAGUAAAGAAAAAAAAAAAUUUAAUGAUAAAAAUAUUAUUAUCAGGGAACAACAUGAUAUCCGAGCUAUAUAAAUACCAACUCUUCCAUUAAAAUGAUAUUCAUUUCGUUCAACGAUAAGAAGAACAAUAAUACAAAAAGUCAUAAAAUAAAUUUUUUUGGUGGGGACGACGACAUCAGAAAAACGUUCUCAAUUCCAAGCAAUAACUACUGCUAAGCAGAGCAAAGAUUGUGUGACUUGUGAGCUAGUUACUGGCACUGUCUAUAGGCUCUGACAACGUGUAUGAUAACAGGUCGUUAGUCAGUAGGAGAGAGAUCUUAUUUGAGCGCGGUUGAUUCAACGAAAUAGAAUUUUUGUUAUUUUUUUUUUUUUAUCUUAUUCAAUUGAAAUUCCAAUAAACAAACUAUACAACAAAAUGGCACCAACAGUUUUAAUUACUGGCGGGGCGGGGUACAUUGGAUCGCAUACCGCUUUGGAGAUGCUCAAUGCCGAUUACAAUGUAAUAUGCAUUGAUAAUAUGUGUAAUGCUUAUAGCGAGGGCAAAGAUGCAAUGCCUGAAGCACUGAAAAGGGUCCAGAAUAUAACUGGGAAGAAAUUGACAUUCCAUCAAGUCGAUAUAACCAACGGCGAAAGUCUUAAAGCUGUCUUUAAAAAGCAUAAAAUCGAUAUGGUAGCACAUUUUGCAGCUUUAAAAGCUGUCGGCGAGUCAUGUCGCUAUCCAUUGCAGUACUAUCAAAACAACAUGACUGGCACUAAUAUGUUGCUAGAAGCCAUGGCUGAAAAUAAAGUAUUUAAAUUUGUAUACAGUUCGAGUGCGACUGUUUAUGGAGAACCACAAUUCUUGCCAAUAACUGAGAAACAUCCAACGGGCAAUUGUACAAGUCCGUAUGGAAAAACCAAAUACUUUACCGAAGAGAUCUUAAAGGAUCUUUGCACCUCUGACGAUCGAUGGGCAGUUAUUUCACUGCGUUACUUCAAUCCAGUUGGAGCUCAUCCCAGCGGUAAUAUCGGAGAAGACCCCAAUGGAGAACCGAAUAACCUCAUGCCAUAUAUUGCUCAGGUAGCAGUUGGUCGACGUCCAUUGCUAAAAGUAUAUGGAACUGAUUUUCCAACUAAAGAUGGUACUGGUGUACGUGAUUACAUUCAUAUUGUUGAUCUUGCCGAGGGCCAUGUUAAGGCUUUGGACAAGCUCAAAAAUAGCACUGAAACAGGAUUCUUUGCAUACAAUUUGGGAACAGGAGUUGGAUGUUCGGUGUUGGAGUUAGUGAAAGCAUUUGAAGAAGCUUCAGGAAAGCCAAUCAAUCAUGAACUAGUCCCACGUAGACCUGGAGAUGUAGCAACUAGUUUUGCUGAUGCGUCAUUGGCAACAAAAGCCCUAGGAUGGAAGGCAAAACUUGGAAUAAAAGAAAUGUGCGAAGAUACGUGGCGUUGGCAAAGCAAAAAUCCAAAAGGUUAUGCUUCCAAGUAAUUUACAUCAAAACCAGCAAACCUGUAUACACGAUAUAAUUUCAUCUAUAAAUAUUUAACUAUCCAAAGAGAUACAUACAACUUAUGUAUGGAAAUAAAAGCCAGUUAUAAUAAUUAUUAUCCUAAAUAGUUAACUACCUUUAUAAAUAAAUAAAAUAAAUAAAUAACUAUUUAAUCACCUGCAACAAAAAUAAUAUAUUUAAACCAAGUGUGUCUAUUAAAUGUUUUUCUAUUUCUAUAGUAA